AUGGGUAGAGGCACCUCCGCACAAAGGUAAAAUGGUAUGGCUGCGAAUUUCUGGGGUGCCAUUGAAGUCCUGGUGUUGAUUCUUUGCGGGGAUGAGAACAAGGUAUCAAAAACCUUGAGGUUGAAGGUGAAUAGGAAGCUAUAUGAGAUUAAUAUGGUAGAGGUAGAAUGGAGAACAGACCUAGAUUGGUGGCUGUUUGAUGGUGAUUGGAGCUAUGAUACGGCAACAGAAUCAGAAUAUUCUUUGUCGAAAAAUGGUGAUGAGGAUCACGGACUAUUUAACGUCAAGAUUUGUGGUGAGGAAUAUGGUAGCAAUGAAGAUGAGCAGUUACAGAAGGAAGGAGAUUCAAAUUUAAAUGGGAAGAGUUUAACGGCAAUGGCAGGUGACGGCAAGGAUGGGGUAUACAGUAAUGGGCCGGUAUUGUCAAAGGAAAAUGGGCUAGAAAUAGAGAGUGAGCCAGUUGUGAGCUUGUAUCAAGAAAAGGAGUCGAUAAGAGCCUCUAGAGGGUUGUUGUGUGUAUGGAAUAAGCUUGAUUUUGUGAACAAGGGGGAAUUUAAGGGGGAUGGUUUCCUAGGUAUUACAGGGGAAUGGGGACCAAGCAAGGUGAAGUGCAGUCUAGUGAAUGUAUAUGCUCCUAAUGAUAAGCAGAAGAAAGUGCAGUUGUGGAAUAAGCUUAAGAUGAGUAUUUUAGAAGAGGAUGAGGUGGUUGAUCAUGGACCAGAUGGAUCAUCUCCGAGUAGGUUGGAUAGAAUUUUGAUGAUGGUAGAAAUGAGUAACAUGGGAAAGGAAUGGGCAAAACAAGGGUUGCAGAGAACAGUUUCAAAUCAUUGUGCUAUUAUUUUGAAGACAACAAUAAUGGAUUGGGGGCUAAAGCCUUUUAGAGUUUUGGAUGCUUAUCAACAACAUCUGGAGUUUAAGAAUGUAGUUGACGAGAAAUGGAAGGAUUCGCUAGUUAUCGAGGAGCCAGAUUUAGUUAAGAAAGAGGUUACCAAUGACUUUCAUAAGUUGUGUCAAAAAGAAUCUUGGAAUAGACCAAAGCCUUCAAGUAUUAAUUUCAGUAGGAUUUCAACAGAGCAGAAGGAGUGGUUAGAAAGACCAUUUAUUGCUGAAGAGAUUGAGGAAGGAUUGAAGAGCUGUGAUGGGAGUAAAGCUCUAGGUCUAGAUGGCUUGAUAAAAGAGUUUGUAAUGGGGAAAGGGUUAAGCCAAGGUGACCCUUUAUCACCUUUGUUUUUGUUGGUGGGUGAAGGUUUGCAUGGUUUAGUGCAAAAAGCAAAAGAGGAAGGGUUGUUACAUGGGGUGGAGAUAGGACGGAGGGAAAUGUCUAUAUCUUUGCUUCAGUUUGAGGAUGAUAUAACGAUUUUAGGCAAAGCUGAGAGUGGGAAUAUUUGGAUGGUUAAAAUAAUUCUACAGUGGUUUAAGAUGAUGUCGGGGCUGAGAAUUAAUUUUCAUAAAAGUAGUGUGUGUGGGUUUAACGUGUCAAUGGGAUGGUUGAAUGAUGCAACAGGUGUUUUGUGUUGUGGUGUAGGAGAAACUCCAUUUAUCUAUUUGGGUAUGCCAGUUGGGGGAAGUCCAAGGAGUAAGAAAUUGUGGGAUCCAGUGGAAGGUCAAAUGAGGGUUAUGGGUGCUAAAUCUACAUCAAAGAAAUUGGGCAUUGUUAGGGAAGUGGUGAACUUGAGGGUGUCUAAGCUUUGGGAGGAUAUUGUAAGGGUUGGUGGGAAAUCACUUGGGCUAAGGAAGAUGUUGGUAGGGGGUUUUCGAUGGGAGUUAGGAAAGGGGAGUAGCAUAGGAUUUUGGAGUGAUAGUUGGGUGGGUGAUAAAUCGUUAAGAGAUUUAUGUCCUAGGCUUUUCCAACUAGCUUCUAAUAAGGAAGGUGUGGUUAAGGAGUUGGAGAAAAGGGAGAAGGAAGGGUGAAGAUGGAAUAUAGAGUGGAGAAGAUGGAGAAUAGGGCAUGAACAGGGUGAGGAGAAGGUGUUGUGGGAGGUUCUGGACAACAUACAAUUGAAGGAAGGUGUGCAGGAUUGUUGGAAAUGGAAGUAUGAUGGAGAGGGUCGAUAUGUGGUGAAAAAAGCUUAUGAUUUUUUGGCACCUAUAGAGUGCUUACUUGAGAUCUAGUAUUGUAAAUUGAUGUGGUGCAAGUUAAUGCCUUCCAAAGUGAGCUUUUUUGGGUGGAGAUUGUGUCUUGAUAGAUUGCCAACAAAAUGAAAUUUGUAGAAAAGAGGGGUGUUGUUGCAAAGGGAUGGUUUGAGUAAGGAGGAGGUGGAUGAUGUCAACCAUUUGUUUUGUACUUGUAAAGAAGCAUGGUUAGUGUGGGUGCAAGUGUUUAAAUGGUGGGGUCUGGUGGUGGUAUUGUUGGAAAUAGUGCAGGGAGUGGUAGAAUUAUUUAUGGGUGGUCUGGGUAGGGUAAUUGGCAAGGAGGUGAGUGCAUGUAUUUUCUUGGUUGUUGGUUGGUAUUUAUGGUUUUGAAGGAAUGGUAGUGUGUUUGGGAGUAAUGGGGAUUUGAAGGAGCAACUGUUGGAGAGGAUUCAAGCUAAGUCUUUCUUUUGGAUAAAACAUAAAGUUUUUAUGUUUUCAUUUUCUCAAUGGCAGCUUGAUCCAAUAGAAUCUACAGUAGCAAUGAAGUAGCAUAAGAGGUGUUGAAAAUUGUUUAAUAAACAAAAGUAGUGUUAGGUCUGCGUGUGUAGCUUAUGUGUGUUUCUAUUCAUGGGUGUAUGAUUGUUAAAGUUUAUUUUCUUUAUGCGGGUUUCUAUUUCAUAGGGGUUGAAGAUAUUUAUAUGUACAAGGGUUAAGCUGUGCAUGAGUACAAGGGUUGGCAUUGUGAAAAAAUAAUCAUUUUGUAUGAGGGCAUGAGCACCCCUUGUGCUCUAAUUAAUAAAAUUAUUUGUUUGCU